AUUAUAUAUUAUAUUAAAUUAAUAGAUACUAUCACUUUAUAACGUUUAUUAGUAGAAGGUGUAUACACAAGCGUAUAUAUUCAACUGAAUUUGGUUACAAUAUCUAAUGCGAGAUUCUAAAAAAGUGGAGUGAAAUUUUUAAGAAGUCUAUAUUUCGUUGUUAUGGCACAGUGACAUUUUAUAUGUGGAGGCUGAGGAAAUAGACAAAGUAUAUGUGAAUUGAGCAGCCGCGUGACUAAGUAGGCCUACACUUUGCGAUAUAGGUUUUUUAUUCUGUCUAUUGUGUAUUAUAUUGAUGAGUUACAGGGCCAUCAACCGUAUAACCAUAAGAUAAGUAGGCUUAUAUGAUCAAUAGGUCUGUUAAUAUAGUUGGUUACCAUAACAAUCCGGGUUUGUCACUAUAUUCAUGUACAAGGUAAACAUACGUCAAGAUGAUGAUACCUCCUGUUAUGCGCCCGCAUCGUCCGGUGCCGCCGAGAUAUACAAUGAAGGUUGAUGCUGACCCAUCCAUUCCACCAAACCAAACUAUAUAUAUCAAAAAUAUUAAUGAACGCAUUAAAGUUGAUGUUUUGAAGGCCGAACUAUUAAAAAUGUUCGGACGUUUUGGGAAAAUACUGGAUAUUGUAGCCUUGACCUCUUUUUGGAGAAAAGGACAAGCUUUCAUAAUAUUUGAUAAUGUCGAGUCUGCAACAAAUGCGUUGCAUGAAAUGCAAGGUUUUGUAAUGGAUGGUCAUGCUAUGCAAAUAAACUAUGCUAGAGAGAAAAGUGAUAUAAUAGCCAAAGGACAGGGAACUUAUAGACCAAGACCUGAAGGACCAAAGAAACCACGGGCAAUCAAAGACCGUGAGCAAGAACAACUUAAAAGAUUUGAAAGAUUACAGCAUGAUUACCUCACGGGGGCCAUAGAGGGUAUGACUGGCCCGGGAGAUCCCAAAUUAAUACAGGCGUUACAAGCAGCACAAAUCACAUUCCAAGCCAUGGCGCUUACCAAAGGUCCAGGGGUCGAUUCACAUGAUGAUUCUUCAAGAUAUGCAAGCACUGCAUCUAUGGCUAGAGGUCUUCCAAAUCGCACGCUCUUUGUUGAAGGACUGCCUGAGGGUGUCUCCCUCGCAGAUGUGAAUGCUGUUUUUGCCAGAUCCGUUGGAUUCCAAGAGGCUAGGGUUAUUGCAGCUAGAAAGGUUGCAUUUAUAGAUUUUGACAACGAAUUUAAUGCAGGAUGUGCCAUGCAGGCAUUACAGGAACAUCCCAUGGGCGAUUCUACACUAAGAAUCAGCUAUGCAAAACGGUAAUUACGAACAUAUAUUGAAU